AUGCAGCUUCUGCUGCUGCGUCUCCUAGGUGCUGCAGCAGCAGCAGCAGCAGCAACAGCAGCAGCAGCAAAACAGCAGCAGCAGAAUGCCAACAGCAAAGGAGCAGCAGCAGCAGCAGACACAGCCCCUUACUCGCGCUAUUUGCGGACUCUCAGACAAAACGAGCGAAAUCGCCGCGCGCAGCAAACGAAGACGCUGAAGCAACAACAGCAGCAACAGCAGCAGCAGCAGCAGCAACAGCAGCAGCAGCAACAGCAGCAACAGCAGCAGUUGAGAGUUCCGUUAUACCCAGAAACAGGCAAAGGCAUCAUCAGCCCAAGCGGUGUCAAGCCCAACAGAAAGCAGCAGCAGCAGCAGCAGCAGCAGCAAAAGCGCUAG